AUGAGGCGUAUCCUUCUGCCCUGGGCAGCCUCAGCUCUCUUCCUGCUGGGACUUCUGAUGGCUUCAGAAGAAACGGAGCUGAAAACUUUGCAGCUUCAAAUCAUCAACUUUAAUUUUGAAACUGUGAAGGUUACAUGGAACGCAAGUGAAUACCCCGGGACUAAUUUGACAUUCCUCCAAAAGUUAAGCAGCAAUGAGGCCUACAGACCGUGCUCCCAGUACACCCUUCAACAAGGUUACACUGCCGGGUGCCUCUUGGAAGUAGAGAAAGAUGAAGUUCUAUAUAUUUCCAUCAGGAAUGGAACACACCCUCUUCUCAGCAAGAGUCUGUGGAUCAGCUGUUACCUGAAACCCAGAUCCCUGAGUGAUCUGAGCUUCCAGUGGCAUCAGGGAGCAGUGACAGUGACUUGCUCUGACCUGUGGUACAAAGGUCUCGUGUAUGAAAUCCAGCACAAGAGCACCUUUGACACCGAGUGGCAGUCCAAGGAGGCAAAAACCUGCAAUGUCACGCUCGACAGUUUGGAUGAUGAGAAGUGUUAUUUCUUUCGGGCCAGAGUGAAAACGCUGGAGUCCAGCUACGGCUCUGACACAUACCCAAGUGACUGGUCAGAGGUGAUACGCCAGCAGAGGGGCAAGCUAACAGAUUUGUGCCAGGAAAACAGCCUUUUCCCAAAUUUUAUUUUAAUUGCUGGCAUGGUCACCUUCCUGGUAGCCUCCCUUCUCCUUCUGCCUUUAUGGAAACUACGGAGGGUUAAGAAGGUUCUCAUGCCCAGCGUGCCGGAUCCCAGAUUCACCUUCUCGGGGCUCUUUGAGUCUCACCAAGGUAACUUCCAGGAGUGGAUCAAGGACACGCAGAACGUGGCUCAUGUGAAUAAGAUGGAAGACGGGGAGUGGGAGUCUCUCCCGGAAGAGGCCGUGGUGGUCCAGCUGGCCGAGAUGCCCAAGACAGUGGUGACGAGCCCUGUGUACCGGCAGACAGCGGAGGAAGAGGCCACCGGGGAGCCCGGCCAGCUCCCUCGCCAGCCCCCCCAGGGCGGCGAGGUGGUGUCUCUCGGGGAUGUUACGUUUGUGAUGAGUGACAAUUCAUACGUGAUGUUCUGA